UAGACAAAUUUCCGUCAUCACCCAGACUCCUCCCCAUGUCAAAGCCACACUUCCUACAUCCAGCACCGCAGUGAGAAGAAGCUGCUGCCGCUCAGAGGUCUCUCAUGUUUGGACGAACUUCAGGGAGAAACUCAGGAAUUUAGUUAUCGUCUUCUAACAGUCUGAGCUGUUUCAGAAAGCACACAUUCCUCAGUAUGUCAGGACUGACAGCCAGCACAACCAACUACCUGUGGUCCCUGCAGGAUGUCCUCGGUCAGGGGGCCACUGCCAGCGUCUACAAGGCUAGAAAUAAGAGGUCGGGGGAACUGGUAGCCGUCAAAGUGUUCAACAUGGUGAGCUACAACCGCCCCCAUGAGGUCCAGAUGAGAGAGUUUGAGAUGCUAAGAAAGCUCAACCACAGCAAUAUUGUUAGACUGUUCACUGUGGAGGAGCUGCCGUCUAAACAGAAGGUGCUGGUGAUGGAGUAUUGUUCAGGAGGAAGUUUGCUCAGCUUGCUCGAGGAGCCAGAAAACGCCUUUGGUCUGCCUGAAACAGAGUUCCUCACUGUAUUACAGUGUAUAGUGCAGGGUAUGAACCACUUGCGAGACAAUGGUGUGGUGCACCGAGACAUUAAGCCAGGGAACAUAAUGCGGCAGGUCGGGGACGACGGCAAGUCUGUUUACAAGCUGACAGACUUCGGAGCAGCAAGAGAGCUGGAAGAUGAUGAAAAGUUUGUGUCCAUUUACGGAACUGAAGAGUAUCUGCAUCCAGACAUGUAUGAACGUGCCGUGCUGCGUAAACCUCACCAGAAAUCCUAUGGCGUGAGCGUUGACCUGUGGAGUAUCGGUGUGACCUUAUAUCAUGCCGCCACUGGGAGUCUUCCCUUCACACCGUACGAAGGACCACGCAGGAACAAACCCACCAUGUACAAAAUAACUACAGGGAAACCUAUGGGAGCAAUAGCUGGCAUACAGCGGGUGGAAGGUGGACCUAUAGAGUGGAGCUACCACCUACCUCACAGCUGUCAGCUGUCACAGGGUCUGAAGGUGCAGCUCGUUCCGGUACUAGCAGGUAUACUGGAGGCCGACCAGGAGAGAUGUUGGGGUUUUGACCAGUUCUUCACAGCCACCACAGAUAUAUUACAGCGGCAGGCAGUCCAUCUGUUCUCUCUGCAGCAGGCCGUAGCACACUGUAUCUACAUACAUCACUAUAACACAGUGUCGGCCUUCUUUGAGGAGGUGGCGUCUCAGACUGGUAUCGGGGUCCAGCAGCAACACCUGAUGUAUCUGGGUCAUGACCUGCCCCUGGAGGGCAGCAUGAAGGUGGUCAACCUUCCACAUACUUCACCUUCUCGGCCCCUCAUUCUGCUCAGCUACGCACCAGAAGCAAACACCAGCCUGCCCUUCAAGGAACCAGAGACUCCAGUCAUUCCAUCCAGGUUUGAUGUCAUGGCGGACUACAGUUUCUCCAAGGUAAUAGUCGGAGUCAUCCACCAGUACCUGAGGAUAGUACAGCUGCUCCACACACACCGAGAGCUGCUGCUGCAGGGAUACUACAGCUACAUGAUGAAGAUGCGCAGUGAAUGCGGAGAAGCCAUGCACAGUAUCGCGAUGAUCACUCUUAGAUUGCAGUCCUGUCUCAGUGCAGAUCACAGAUUUCAAACACUAAGCCCUUACACUUCAGAAAAUCAAGGCUCAGCUGAUCACAGUCAAAAGCUACAGCAGGUCCAUAAACAUCUGCCGAUAUACACAACGGGUAUCCAAGAGUUUCAGAACCAACUGGACCACCUGCAGAUAGAACAGGCCAAACUGGCAGAGACCCUGGCCAAUGACAAGAGCUGCCAGAAGAUGGAGAUGCUGCUGCAGAAGAUAAUGGCAAUUCAUCAGCAGUAUCGUAAAGACAGACUGACCGGAAAGCUGGCAUAUAACGACGAGCAAAUCCACAAGUUUGAGAAAAUCCACCUGUCAUCCCACAUUAAGCGAGUGAAAUCUCUCUUCAGAGAGGACUACGUGCACCGAUACAAAGAGCUUUUAGCGUCAACAAGGACGUGGAGCAGUGUUAUGCUGGACAUGCAGACUCGACUACAGGACUUCAGUUCUUUCUCCACAGGCUUGUUGGCGGACUUGGAGAUGAGUGAGCAGCGUCAGAAUAAGGCGAUGGACAGAAUCCUUUUCAAUCUGCAGUCCAAGAGGGAAGGACAGCAGCCUGGAAUCGCACCCAGAGACAAGGACCAGAUGGUCUCCAGGAUGCACCAUUUGAAGGAGGAAAUGGAGAUCUUGGUGAGGGAGCUGCAGUGCAACAACAGCAUUAUUGAGAGUCUGGGAGCAGUGAACCCUUCAGCAGCUCUGGGCCCGAGUCUGACCCGGCCGUCUACACUGUGACAAAAAAAGUGCAACAUCUGCGCAUCCUAAACUCACAAAUUCACACGCACUCUCUCUGACAAUCGCCUCGUUUGAACAGCCAUUAAUGAACAAUUUAGUGGAUGCUUUUCUCAAGGACUGCUGUAUGAAGAGGAAGCAGCUGAAGGCAAUCGAUAAAAUGUGAAACUCAGUUUAGAGAUGCACAGAAAGACAAAGGAGGAAAGGCCAGCAGUACAGCAGUUCAAUACAAACCUCAUUAAUGCCUUUAGUGUUAUUGUAUUUUUAAUAGGCUGCCAUUGUGAUAGACUGUCAGGAUAAAGCGGAAUGGAUGCCAAGUCAGCAGUUGGGCUGUUUUUGUGGUUGCUUGUUAUUUGCCCAGCAGAAAAAGCAGAUUGUGGAAAUAUUUAAUGGUGAAUUUAACCUGACUCAAUCUUUGAGUGCAUAUAUAUUUGUAUUUGUAUCCUGGUUGUGAGUCUUUUCCUUAUUUUGAUCAUGUUUGAGAUGUAAUGUGUACAAUAGAGCCUCAGUAAUCUGGUUAUUCACGUCCCUGUAAGUGUGAUUGUAGCAGUAUCAAGGCUAUCCCACCAUCUCAGCGACAGUAGUUUGUUUAGAAACCUGAAGAACUCCAGGUUUGAUAAAACUGGACGAGGGUAAACCAAAACUGGAUUUUAAUCAGGAUACUUGUAUGUGUGUAAGCUCUCAUGUAGACCAAUCUGUGUGUGUGUGUGUGUGUUGUCUGAAAUAGUCUGAAAUGACUGUGUUUGUACAUUUUCUUUUAGUAUAUCAUUGUAAAUUCAGUGAUUGGUAGCAUCAUUGACUAACAGAAUCUCCAGACAAACUGCACUGCCAUUUGUGGUUUUCAAGUUUGUCUCUGUUCCUGUUGAUGUUUUACUGGAAUAAUAAGUUAUUUCUCUGUAUUUUAUCGUGGGAUUCACCGUGAAAAAGAAGAAGCACAAUCAGGGAAACUCAGCACCCACCACAGAGUCCCCCUUUCUUCACAGAGCUGCAUGUGGCUAACAGUUAGUGAGUGUAUAGCAGAAAAACAUUAUGAAAUGACAUUAACCCGUGUGGGCCACCCUGUGGGGAAAUCCCAGACCUUAGUAUUAGUUGUUUAUCAAAGGGCAGUGCAUGAGGUUAAGAUUUUUUUUUAAAUGUACUUCUUUUCUUAUUGUGUUUAUUGCCACGUUUUUUAGUCUUCCACUCUUGUGAAAUAAUGUGACCUGAGCCUAUUUUCAGGUUGUGAAGUGAAAGUAAAAGUCAUUUCAUGUCCUGUCUUGUCAGUUGGCAGUGAUGAAGAAACAACACACUCUGGAAAUUCUGUAAGGUCAUGAAUGACUGUGUGACAGGAGUGCUCAAAAAACUGAACACAAAAAUAACAGUUGUGACUCUCACAAGUCAACUGUAAUAAACAAAGUUUUCUACCCAGUCUCGAGGAGAGCUGUGGGUGUUUCUCAGCCUCACUAGGGGGAUGAGCUCAACAGACUCUGUGGUUUUUUUGCAGCUCAUAUGACGUGCUUUUGGCAAAGUGGAAAGUUUUUUUUUAUUACUGUUUCAAGCAUAUACACUGUGUGACAAUGUGUUUUUGAUGGCUUUGAUUCUCCUCUACAUCAAGGCAAUAUUCAUCAAGGCCCACACCAACACUCCUGGUUCAUUCCUACACACCGGUUUCUUUGUAUGUUAUUGGUUAUUUGUUAGUGAGAUAGUGAUUGUGUCAAUAGUGGCACAACAGUUCUGCUUUAUGGCCUUAUAAAAGUAAAUCUACAGUGUAAAAAAAUGUACUUUCUAAACAUUUUUUUUCCUUUUUUUUUAUACAGUUUACUGGUAUUCUACAGAUUCUCGCUGCUUUGUUUUUGUUUGUUUUUACAAAUAAUAUGUAGUAAAAUCAUAGAAAUAAAAAGAUAUUUAUUUAA